UAUUAUAUGUAUAGAAGGGGAAAAAAAUUAAAAUUUGUGGAGAGGGAGGUGUGGGAGAGGGAAAGUUGAGGUCUGAUCUUUCGCUCGAUCUCUCACGGACAGAUUUUCGGCAAGCAAGGAUUGACUUUUAGUUUUACUAAAACAAAUUCGGAGUUCGAUUCUAAUUCGGGAGGCAAAGAAUCCCAGUUCCUGCCCUCUAUUAUUGGAAAAACGUUGACCUGAGCGAAAUUCAACUGAGAAUAGAGAUGCAGAAGAAGAAUUUUAGAAAAAGAAGUAUCGAAGAUGACCAAGCCAAAGACAAUAACAACUCUGAAGAUGAAGAAGAAAGGAGAUUGGCAUUAGAGGAGGUGAAAUUCCUCCAGAAACAAAGGGAAAGGAAAUUGGGGAUCCCUGCAAUUCUUACUUUGCAAACAACUGGUGUUACCCCUACUAAAAAAGUUGCAGAAAAAAAUGAAGUUCCUGAUGGGGACAAGGAGGAGUUGGUUUUGCAGGACACCUUCGCCCAGGAAACUGCUGUCAUGGUGGAAGAUCCUAAUAUGUUGAAGUAUGUUGAACAAGAAUUGGCAAAGAAAAGGGGCAGGAACAUUGAUGCAACAAAUCAAGUUGGGAAUGAUUUAAAACGUGCAGAUGAUGAGUUAUAUGUAGUUCCAGAGCAUCUUAAAGUGAAGAGGCGAAACUCGGAAGAAAGCUCUACUCAGUGGACUACUGGGAUAGCAGAGGUUCAGCUCCCUGUUGAGUACAAGCUGAGAAACAUUGAGGAAACAGAAGCAGCCAAAAAGCUAUUGCAGGACAAGAGGCUCAUGGGUCGAACUAAAACAGAAUUUAACAUCCCCUCAAGCUACAGUGCAGACUAUUUCCAACGUGGUCGGGAUUAUGCUGAAAAGCUUAGAAGAGAACACCCUGAACUGUACAAGGACAAAGGUGUACAGGAUAAUGGUGGGGGAUCUAGACUGCCGGAUGCAAGCACAGAAGUUGCAGGACGAAGGCAAGCUGCAACAGAUGAAUUCAUGCUUGACCGCUUCCGCAAAAGAGAACGUCAUCGAGUGAUGCGUAGAUAGCAUGACCCCGAGUUCUUGCUUCAGCUCCAACCACAAACAAUGGUUGCCUGCUGAUAGCUGUCUUAUGUAUGUCACUGUUUUACCUUGAAGCAUCAGAGUUGCUCAUUUAGCAACACAGAAGGCAUGGUGAUGCAGAAACUGUAAUCUUUAUUAUGUAUCUGAAAAGAUGUCAUCUGCCUCUAUGGUCAUGGAUGAUAGACAAUUGGUCUUUUUUUUAAUGUGCCAGGAUCAGGGGUCAAACCUUUAUGUUACAAUUCAUUGUUUCUGAUACUUAUUCCCGUUUUCCACAAUUCUGUGAUUCAUUGGACUG